AUGGAACCAGAGCCGUCCACUUCCGCUCUCCUCAAGGCUAUCACAGCCCUCACCGCCACAGUCGGGUCCUUGCAGGCCCAAAUCACAUCCCAAGGCCAACAGCUCCUCGAGCUCAAAGCCAUAUGCAAGGAAACCGCGGACCUCCUUGGGGACAAAGACCAGGGAGCCCCCCAAGCCCAGCCUGGCCCAUCAACUGGGCCUGUCACUCCUCCCACCCACCAGGGAGGAGAAACCCACACUCCAGGCACAAUUAGGCCUGGGCUCAAGGCCCCGUUCCGGCCUUCUAGGGGAACAGGAUUUGACUCAGAGGACAAGGAACCAAGGGCUCCCAAAAAGGAGCCUCAAGGAACGCCUAGAAGGCACCUGGGGUCCCUCACCCCCUUCGAUGCAGGGGGACGAAAGGCCACUCAGUGGCUUGACAGAAUGAUGCUGUGGGUAGCUCUCCACCGCGAUCAAUUUGACAAAGAGGAGCAGAUGGUUGUGUGGAUUUUAUACCACAUGACAGACAAGGCUGCCGACUGGGCUCUCCCCAUCAUUGGGAACAUCAUCAAGGGCGAGGGUAACCCCCCCACCACCAUCCAGGCCCUGACAGGCAAAUUCAAGGAGGCAUUUGCUGACCCCAAUGCCAAGCGAGCGGCCGCCAGAAAAAUAGCCGCGCUCUCCCAAGUCACCACAACCGCCAAGUAUGUAACGGAGUUCCGCAACCUUAUGGCAGAACUUGACUGGAACGAGGAGGCCUACAUUGCGCAGUUCACGCAAGGCCUCCACUGGAAAGUCAAGGAAUUGCUGUCAACCAAGGAUAGCAUUCCCGACGAACUCGAGGCGAUUUUUGCGGCCUCCAUAAAAAUUGACAACAUCCGCCGCAAAAACAAGGAGAACCGCCCCAAGAAGGCACCUGCCAAAUCCCCGGCCACCAUGGCCACUACUUCCACCACUCAACGGGUCCGUCUAUCAGAAGACCCCAAUUACGUUACCCCGGAAGAAAGGGAUCGCCGCCGCGCGUCUGGCCUCUGUGUCAAGUGCGGCCAAAAGGGACAUGGAAUCAAACAAUGUCCCAACGGAUGGAAAGCCACAGUCAAAGAAGUGGCUAAGGUUGCCGAGGACGUUGAGUCGGGAAAAGAUUGA